AUGAACAGUUCUUAGGAAAGAGCAGACACUUCCUAAAGCCAAGACACUCCAUAAAAUAAAAAGAAAAUUUAAAUUUCACAAGUGCAUCAUAAUACUUUGCUUCAAAACAACACAGAUUCUCUCUUCGGUAAUAAUCUCUCCAAUAAUUUAGCUGCAAAAAAAGGUGCAGGGGUUGCUUCGGAAGCCAAAAAAACAAAGAUUUCAUCUGGAGUAUUCAAUAACGGCGAAGAUUUAGCACUUCAAUUACUUAUAAAGGGAGAUAAAUUAAGCAGCGAUCCAUUGGAGGAGUUCAAAAUAGAACAAUCCUCUAAUUUAGGGGGUGCAAGUCAAUUUUCAAGGCAGCUUAGUGAGUCCAAUAGUUAAAGAAGCCUCAAUAGUGAUGAUUCCCAACCUGAUAAGCUGGCUGCUACUGUUAAGAAGCAAGAUAUCUAAAUCCUAUAGAAUCAGCUUGAUGUAAUUGAAGAAGAGGUUGAGGAAAAUGGAGAUAAUCAAAAGUUCUCUGGAUUUAAUGCAGUCAAGCAAAAGGUAGAUCCUAAAUCAGGCCAACAGAAAGAUAAUAAGACCUUUAUAUCAGGAGGAGGAUUAAAUCUAAAUCCUGCCCUCAAGCAAGCAUAGAAUGAUAUAAUGAGUUUAAUUAAAGGAGGAUAGAGCAAAGGCGAUAGAGACUCAAUUAUGGGAAACAUUGGUGAAGGUGGACCUUUCAUUAGUAAGGCUUAAGAUAGACGAGAAUCAGUAUCAAUUGCUCUAAAUGAUAAAAAAUCAGCAAUAAAUAUGAAGGAAUAGAAGCUGAUAAAUGAUUCUCCGUACCAACCUCCAAUGGAAAAUCCAUAUUUAAAGGAUAAAGGCCUUCUCUUUGAAGAAUAACUCAUAGAUAAUUAGGUUUAAAUGGAAAAGGUAUAGCUUGGCUUAAUGGGCUAUCAUAGUUUGAUUUACGGAAAUCUAGUAUCCAUUGUCAUUGAUUAAAAUGAAGAGAGCUUUAAGCUUCUUUCCAAGAAAUCUAUUUCUAAGAAACUCUCAAAAAAGUAAUUCUAAGAGGAAGAACUUGAUAGCAGAUGCAUGUUUAGAAUAGUGCCUCAAAGUUAAUAUCAGGCUUAAUUGAAAAUGAAAAUGGUAGUCCAAUCAGAUGUAUUCCCAUUAAACUCUAUUCAGAGAGAAUACGAUACUCUUAUGGCUGAAGCAGAGUCUAAUAAAGUCUUUUAGUAGUAAAUGAUGGGAACAGAUGUAAAAUACUGGGUUGAUAUAUAAAUAGUACAUGAACAUUCAAAAAGAUUCCUUUGCGUUGAUCAUAUGGAAUCCUCUAGUAUUAAUUAAUAUUAUGACCCUAAAACUUUCAUUGACUCAGAUCUUAAAAAUAUCACAUUUACUACAUAAGCAAGUAAAAACACUCAUUUCAAGCUUGUACCCACUUGUAAUUUUUAGUCUGAAGGAUCUGGAAUCAUUUCAAAUGGUCAUUACUUCUACAUAAUUCAUACAGAUAAAGAUAAUAAAGAUUUCUAUCUCUAUGAACACACGAAAACUUAAGACUUCAUUUUCUCAGAAUCUUACAAAACUCCUUUUAGAUUCUCAACCAUUAGAGACUCAAUAAGCUUUGAGGAAGAGAAAUGCCUCAGAAAUUCAAGCAAUGUAAUUGUCACUAUGGCAAAUGAAAAUUAUUUUCUUGAUUUAAAAACUGUACCAGAUUUGGACCAAUCUUUGAAUAAAAAUUUGGCCUAAUAAAUUGCAAAUAAUGAUAAAAACCAAGUGCAUGUAGGAAAAGUCACAUAUGCAUUAGAUUUAGAAAGAUACGAUGAUAUUAAAAGCAUUGAUUUGUCAGGCUUUUGGGUCGUAGAAAUUUAAGAAGAACAUGAUUUCAGAGUAAAACUUAAAAAUAUGAUGACUGGAUAAUAUCUUACUGCUUAGCAUUAUGAUGGAAUGACUAGUAUUUCAAUGACCAAAGAGGAUUUGCCAGAUUAGGAAUUUGAGAUUGUGCCAGUUAAUAUCAGAGUUGAUGAAACUAAAAGUAUUGACAAGCAACUAGUGUUUAAAAUUAGAACAUGCCCUAUGAAUAUUGGCGAGUAUGAAGAGCCCAAAUAUUUAAGAGCUUCAAAUCACCUUCAUUCUUCUCCUCAUCUCUAGUAAACAAUUUAACACAUAGUUUUCGACGAAACUGAUCACUAAAGAUAGCAUUUUAUCCUUGGAAAGGAAUGUGAACUUAAUAAAUAUGAUACUUUUAAAUUCGUGUUUCCUGAUAAUGAUGAAUUCUUAGAAAUAAAUAUUUGCGCUGAUUCUAUGUAGAUGCUUUACAGUGUGAUUAAAUCGAUCUAAAAGUAGAAAGGACUGCCUAGUUUUCUCUAAAAUUAAGAAAAUUUUCAAUUACUAGCCACCUCAAAUAUCAUGAUAGGACUAUUAAAUUAUUGCAACAACAAAUUAGAAGGAAAAAUUCUACCUAAGUAAAAAAUGGGUGAGCCAGUACCCUAUAGAUAAAAGUUGCUAGAGAGGAUUGGACUUUUAGAUUAUUUAUUUGACUAUCUCGAUUUGAUCAUUGACUCUAAAAUUAGAAAACCUGCUAUUACAAUAGCAAGCAGAAAAGAUUAAAAAUAAUGGGAAACUUAAAUUCAUUAAGUAUUCUAACUUAGAAAUAAAGGUGCUGAUACAGAAUAUAUGGGCAGCUUACUGGAAAUAAUCUUCGAAUUAAUCUAUAGCAUUGUAUAAAAUCAAAGAUCUUUUAAAUACGAUGCUUCUUAAAAGAUAGAUAUUCUUCAGAAAUUCAUAUUUGUUGAAAAUGCCCCAAAAGUUCUAAUUGAGAUACUUAGAGAGGAGUUAGGAUAAUUAGCCAAAAAGGAAAUUCAUGCAAUAAGCGAGCCUGUUAAGAUUUAUUAGUUCCAAAAAUACAUACCCUUGCUUGAUUUCUUUCUUUAAAGUUUAGAUCCUAAAAACAGAAAGAAGAGAUAUAUCUUUUUGAUGAGGAAAAUUUGCAUUCAAGAUGGUUAUCCCUUACCGCUAGUUUAAGAAUACAUUUAUAACCAACUAUUCAAAGAUACAUCGAACCGCGGUAAAAUCCUGGAUAUACAAGUUGCAGGUAAUGGCUUUAACAUUUAUGACGAGGCAACCUAGAAAUCCUAUGAGUUCUUUGAUUUUGAAAGACCACAUUUUGAGUAAUCUCCUAAAUAUUAGUAAUAUUUAUACAGGGAUCCUAAAUUUGAUAAAAUCAAAGAGUUUUUACUUGAGGAAAUGGAUCUCUUAUCCGAUAUAUGCUAAGUUAGGGCUAAAUUUGUGAGAUUACUUGUAGUUCUUUACAUUGAUUGCGAACCUCACCAAGAGGUAUAAUAUUCUAGAAUCCUUAGCUAUGUUGAAGGCUCAUAAAGGACAUUCUCUCUAUUUGAUAACUAGCAAAGAUAAAUAGCAAAUAUGAAUUAGAAGUUUGAAGAAAUAUAUACAUUUAUUAAUGAUCAGCUUCCCCAAGGCUCAUAAAUAGAAGAGAUAAGCUAGUUUGAAAUGCAGAUACUAUAUUUGUGUUAAAAUCUUCUCAGAUUUGGUUUAUUUACUUUUGAGGAAGGAAGUUCAAUUAAAACUGUCAAUAUUAUUAAACUCUCCGACUAUUUAUUUAGCAUGCUGCAAAGGAUUAGUGAAAAGAGCUCAUAGUAAAAUAUCUUAUCAGAUAUAGAAAAGUUUCUUAUAUUAUCACUCACAUAAUCAGGUGGGACAAAUGAAAACUCAUUAUUUACUGAGAAGAAUCUAUCAGUCGGGAAUCCAGUCGACAGAUCCUCACUUGAUGUGAAAUACUUGCUUUUCAAUAAAAAGUAAUGGAAUUUGAUGUCAGAUAAUGUUGCCAAUAACUCAAAGAUCAUGGCUAACUUGAGAACUAACCUAAGCAAUAAAAUAUAAUAGGAUAAGUAUUACUUUAAUCUUCAACGAAUUCAUAAAUUUUUCAUCUUUUCUUAGAUAGCCUUAAUAAACAUCAAGAAUAGGAUCUAAGCAAUAGUACCAAAAAAUUAUGGCCAGGGAAAAUCUUACGAUUCCAAAUUGCUCAAAUUCCAAUCUAUAAGUGAGCUCUUUGAUGGUUUCAAAUAAAGAAACAGAGAUAUUUUUAAACAAGUUAAAACUAAAACUAUUAUCAGUAGGAAAGAUAGAGAGUUCGUAUUUUAAGAGGCUUAAUUAAUUAACUUCUAGCAGAAAUACUCAAGUUUUACUGAUAUUGUUAUAGAGGUCUUUAAUAAUUGUCAAGAGGAUGAGUAUCUUCAAUAAAUGUCGCUUAGUUUAAUUUCUAGAUUUAACAGUGAAAAUGGGGAGUUCAAGCUCUAAAGGUCUAAUCUCUGGCCUAUGAUUGAUAAUGCUAUACCCUAAAAGGAAUACGACGAGCUAAUUGCACAGCUUAAAAAAUUCAAGAAGCUUUUCUAUUUUGAGCAUAGAACUUUAGAUAGGACUAAGGCAGAUUUUGAGAUUAUUGAUACAAAUAAGAAAAGAAGAAUCUUUAAGCUUCAUCAAAACAUAUUUAGAUGUCUUAAAGGAUAUGACAUUAUAUUGAAUUAUAUUCAAUUGAAUAAGAAUAAUUUCUACAAUAUCUAGAAAAGGCUCUAAAGCAUUACAAAUAACUGGGGAUCAGGAAAGGGCUUGAGUGAUAUCAAAAUCAAUAAUAUAAAGAUGGUUUAGAGAAUCUAUAAGAAAUGCUUUAGUGUCUUGGAUGCAUUUACUAAAAACAAUAAAAAAUGCAAAAAGACAAUCAUAAGAUUAAAUAUGCCAGAAAUUUGGAUACACUAGUACAAAAACUCAAUUAAAGAAUCGACAUAGAUUAAAAGAAUACUGCAGUCAUUCUGGGUAUUUAUGGAAAUCUAAUUGCUUAUCAUGAUUUACCCUAUGGAUAAAGAGCAAGAUCCAAACAUUUUUGAAACCGGAAUAACUGUUUUAGAGAUAUUAUCCUAUAUUGUAUAAGGAGAUACUACAGCUUAUAAGAACUCAACUCUAGCUUAAAUGCAGAAAUAUGUUUAAAAUGAGACAUAUUCUGAAGAAAAAGUUGAAAUUUUUAGAGAAAAAUUCUUAGAAAACAUAGCUAUAAUAUACAACUAGAUAUAUUUUAUGAGGAAAGAUUAUGAACUGUAUUAAUAUAGGCAAAUCUAAGACUUUAUACUUAGCAAACUUUAUGAAGAUAUGCAAAAGCAGUGCAAUAGAUAUAAAGAGUACCUUUUAAGUUAAGAAUUUGAAGAAGAAAAGUCAAACUUAAGUAUAGCUGAACUAAAAUUCAUAUUACAUCAUACUUAAAAAUAUUUUCUGAUUCCAGCAAAGAAGAUUUAGAGAGAUUAUCAAAUUUAUAACGAGAGUGACAAUAAAGUAUUGAAAGGUAUUUCUACUGGAUUAAUGAGCAAGCUUGUUUCAUAAAUUGAUUAAAUCGGCCUAAUUGAAAGAAAUGUUUAAGAAUUGAAAGAAAUAGUAAUGACUAAGUCAAAUGGGACUAAUGAACUUAAAAACUUGUUAAAGUAUUUGGACAAUCACCCCAUUGCUUUCGAUAUUGAUUAAUAUCCAGAAACUGAUAGAGGUGGACCCUAUGAAAGUAAUGAAUACUUUGCAGGGUCUAAUAUCUUCAAGAGAUCUUAACUUUUUACAACAGUGGGAUAAAAACAAACUAUGAAUUUAGACAGAUUUGUUAAAGUUAAUGUAAAAUAGAUGUUUUUGGAUAAGUAGACAAAGAAUAUUAAGGACCUAUGGAAGCAGACAGUUGAAUUCUUAUCAAAGACAGAUUAGUUUAGAAAGAUAAUUAUUUGGGAGCAACAAGAAUUCGGAAGAUUUCUUUAUGGCAGCAUUAUGAACUCUUAAUUCAAAUAAAAUGGGAAUUUUCAAGAUAAAGAACUCAAAUUUAUCUACAAUUGCAUUCAGUAUAUAGAGAAAUGUGAUAAAAUGCCAUGGGUAGUCUAUAAUAUUCAGUUUUUACUAAAAUCUUUAAGUAUUAAUCCAGCUUCAUAGUAAUAAAGAUUCCUAGCAUACUUCAAGAAUGAUAAGCAGAGUGAAUAUUUCUUCAAAUACAUUUACACUAGCUUCUAAAAUUCCAUCGAGAAAAUAAACAAAAAGUAUGUAAUUGAAAAAUUUAAGGGUAGAUAAUCAUUAGGGAGUAUAUCAAAUAAGAUUUAUUACAAUACAAAUCCUUCCUCUGAAAUGAAAAAUAUUUUGAGAAAAUAACCUUAGAACAACAGGUCAUACAAUAUAGUAUUGGUGGUGUAUAAGUAUUUCUGCUCUUUGCUAAGACAUUUAGACACUCCAAUAGUUUACAACUUAGUUAAAAGCAGUUUAGAAUUCUUGAACCUAAUGAUCCAAGGUCUUAACUUUGAGAAUCAAAAGAUAUUGCUUGAUAACGGCUUUUUCUAAAUAGCCAAAGAACUUCUUGAGAUUGACUAUCACUAUGAAAUGAGUGACAGCUAAAGAAUUAAAUUAUAGAAAGAUAACUAGGCUUUUGAGAAGUAUUUCAAAUUCAGGUAGUACUUUUAAAUGGACAACAGAUAGAUAUCAAAAUUAAAACUCCUUGUAAUUCCUUAUUAGUAUAAUGCAAUGUUAGGUGAUAACUAUUGUGAGAAACUUACUUUCAAGACAUCCUGUCGAUAGAAAAUCAUGACUGAAUGUGGUUAUUUCUUCAAGAAUUAUCAUAACAAUAUAUAUCAUCACAAUGUUCUAUUUGUGAACUAUAACAAUAAGUAUCAAUAUAUGAUUGAGAUAGCCUUCUAUUCUUACUUCAUUCUGAAGAAGAUUCAACAUUCCAUCAGAUAUGACAAAGACGACUAUUUUUACAAGAAUCUUCUUUACUUGAUGCCAGAGCAGCAAGUCUAUAGAUAAAAUAAAAUAGUGCUAAUAGAGAAGGCUAGAUAAUUCUUCCUUGGAUACUUCUUAUUUGUAUGGGAAAUGUUUGACCUCUUGCUCUAGUAUUUUAGAAAACUAAUAAACUAAAAGAUACCAAUUACUGAAUUUUAAACGGAUGAUCAGAUAAGAGAGACAUUUGAAUUCUUGGAUAGACACAUAGGUAAGGUAGAAUUAGUAAGAUCUAGUGGAUCAUUGCAUACAGUCCAAUUCAUCAAGCUGCCUUAUUGCUAGUUCAAAACAGAUGUAGAAAAAGACUCUUUUUUAAAUAAGGUAGACAGAACUAAUACUUAAACUAAAGUUGAAGGACUCAUGAAAGUUCAUAGAAAUUUUAUAAGAUAAUUCAAGCAAGAUUAGAACAUUUAAUCCAUUCCAAUUCUUGGACAAAUGUCUAAAUAUCAGGAGACCUGGGCUAUUUCUUCCUUUGUCUUGAGUUUCAUAAUCAAUAUCUUUAUAUUGUUUUCUUUCUACAAAGAUAAGAAAAAUUCAACUACCUCAGGAAGUUCAUCAGUUUAGGUAAUCUCAACCUCAAAGAAGUUAUUUGGUGCUGCAGACUCAGAUGUCAGUGAUAGUGUCAUUAAUACUUGUGGAAUUCUAAUCCUCUGCAACUGCCUCUUUAUUCUGAUUUUGCAUGGAUAUGGGAAAAUACCUAUUCAUUUUGAUGUAGCAUUCCAUCCUGAAAAAUACAAACCUAGAAGCAAAUCAGGUCUAAUUUAUCACUAGCAUUUGCAAGCAGGUAUUAACUAGAAGAAAAAAAGAAUAGCAAGAAUCAAAGAUGGUGGCAAAAAGAUGUUCAAAUUCCUGAGACUAGUGACAUCUGAUUUCCCACUAAUGUAUCACUUGAUGUGCGUCAUAUUUGCUUUCUUGGGAGUUACUGUCCACUUCUUCUACUUUGCAUUCCAUCUCUCAUACUUUAUUAUAUCAUCUCAGACUUUAUUCAAUGUACUCAGAUCAAUUUGGGAACCAAAAUACAAGAUUUUUAUGACUCUAAUCUUAUUCUUGCUGAUUGAAUACCUCUUUGUCAUAAUAAGUUUCCAGACUUAUAGAGAUUAUUUCCCUGCAGAUAAUUGUGAAAAUUUACUCAGAUGCUAUCUGGUAACUUUAGAUUAAACAUUCAAGGCAAGUGGAGGUGUUGGAGGAUUUUUAAAUAGUGCCUAUCUUUCAAGUGAAUCAGGUAGUGUGGAUCCAAACUACAUUGAUUAUGGAAGGCUAUUGUAUGAUUUCUUUUUCAAUUUUAUUCUGAUAAUCUUGAUCAUUCAGAUGAUAUCAGGUAUUAUAAUUGAUAAAUUCGGAGCUUUGAGAGAGUAGGAUGAUAAUAUUGAUAGGGAUUCUAAGACUUGUUGCUUUAUUUGUGGUUAGUCUAAAGAAUCUAUAGAUAAAAUGUAUGAUGGAGUUGGAGGAUUCUACAGUCAUAUAAGCUUUGACCAUAAUAUGUGGAACUAUAUUUAUUAUUGUGCAUAUCUCUAUGAGAAAAAGAAAAACACACCAAAAGACUUAAGAGAUUCGGAAAAAGAAAUUAUAUAGAAACUUGAGAACUAUGAUAACUCUUGGCUGCCAGCCUAUUAUAAUUACUCAGAAUUAUGA